AUGCCCUUUGUCUUUCCGGCGCGGUCUCCGUCUCGCAUGAGGCAGAUCGCACAACUCUUCCGUGUCCUCGAGAUCCUGCUCGAGUCUCUGCGAAGCGGCGUCGUCGUGACGAAGCGCGACAUCUACUAUCGCGAUUCGGCGCUCUUCAGCACGCAAGGGGUCGUCGACCGUCUCGUUGAACAGCUCGCCGUUUCGAUGCGGGUCGAGCGACAUCAGCUGGGCGUCGUCGCGUCGCCCCGUGACCUGUUCAGCGGGAACGUGGUGGUCUCGUACCUCACUGCAGCGGGACGAAGGCGCGACGUUGCCGCAGCGGGAACCGCAAAGCUGGUGCCAUCCGAAGGCGUGGAGCAGUACGAUGUCGAGACUGGGGCGCCGUGGAUGCUCAUCAUCGAAAAGGAGGCGUCGUUUCGGCGAAUCUGCGACGAUCAGAGAGGACCGGCGAGCCCGCUCAGAGACGGCAUCAUCGUGACGGCCAAGGGGUACCCGGACUAUGCCACCAGCGCCUUCGUCGCCGUCGUCGCUCGACGCUAUCCCUGGUAA